UAGCAAUUAUCAGGAAAUUAAUGCCAUCUGUGUGCUUUUAAAGCCUAAUAAUGUCAUGGUUGACUUUAUUAUCAAAAAUUAUUUUCUAAAACUGGCCUAUUGUAUAAAUAAAUGUUUAAUAAACAACAUAAUAUUCAUAUUUCCAAACGCCCAAAAACCCGCAGAAUUUGUUCCGGCUGUAAAAGAUGCAAUAAGCAAGUUCACAAGUAAUUACCAAGAUAUUAAUAUUACAUUCAAUAAAAGCACAAUAUAUUGUUUUGAUAACGAGGAUUUCCGAUACCUGGUAGCUUCACAUUCCCCAAAUAGCAUGCAGUUUGGCCCCGAAACUAAACGUGAAAAUGAAAUGGCUUGGUCAAAAUCAGUAACUGAAUGCAAUCGCUUACUCCAUUAUAUCUCUGGCAUACCACCACUAAUCAUAAAAAUUAAUCGUCCUAUACCAAAUGUAGAACAAACUACUAAGAUACCAUUAUCGAAAUUUGCAAAUAAUACCCACAAAGUAAUAACAAUCCUAUUGUUAGGUGAGUCAGGUGUAGGAAAGUCGACUUUCAUCAAUGCAUUCGUCAAUUAUAUGACUUACGAGACUAUGGAUGAGGCCAUGGAUGAGCCCAUAUGUUUAUUGCCAGUUCAGUUUACACUAUCAGAUCAACAGACUUAUAAUGAGAAGGAAAUAACAUUUGGAAUACCGGACAGCAAUGAGAACACCACUGACUCGACACAAUCGGCCACUAAAUCCCCGAAAUGCUAUAAAUUUCAAAACAAUUACAUUGUGCUCAAUAUUAUUGAUACCCCGGGUAUUGGCGAUACUGAUGGUGUGGAACAAGAUAACAAAAAUAUGAGAAAUCUGUUGGACUUUAUUAGUAAUUACCGCGAAAUUAAUGCCAUUUGUGUUCUCCUAAAGCCUAACAACGCGAGAGUUGACGUGGUUUUCAAAUACUGUUUGCUUGAGUUAUUCAGUCACUUGAAUAAGUCUGCGGCCGAUAACAUACUGUUCCUCUUUACCAAUGCCCGGUCCACGCAAUACGCACCGGGAGAUUCAGGACCUGUUUUAAAGAAAUUAUUAAAUGAAGUUAAAAGAAGGCCUCCGUAUGUGGACGUGAGGUAUAGUCGGGAAACAAUCUAUUGCUUCGAUAACGAGGCCUUCCGUUAUCUCGUGGCUACUGUUCCCCCGAAUAACAUGCAGUUUAAUGAUCAUUUUAAACGAGACUACGACACAAGUUGGGAAAGGUCUGUGAAAGAAUGUGAUAGACUUCUACAGCACAUCGUCUCCCUUUCCCCUCACAAAGUGAUGGACACCCUAUCCCUCAAUAACGCCAAACAAAACAUACUUCUAUUGACUCAACCCUUGGCUGACAUCGCGAACAAUAUCGCCGAUAAUGUGAAGGAAUGUGAGGCACAUAAGCGUCGCAUAUUUCAUUUCCGAGGCACUAUAGAGGAACUCAAACGGGAACUGUAUAUCCCAUCCAAGGAUAUAGUGUCCACACCAUUGGAUAAGCCUAAGACAGUGUGCGGGGACCCUGAGUGUUGCACCAAAGAAAAUAUAAAUGGUGUGGAGAAAGUUCACUAUCAUAUCAACUGUCAUUCCCCGUGUUAUCUGACUCAUAGUGACGGGAAUAUUAUGGGUAAUAAAGGUCUACUCGAUUGUCAAGCGUUUAAUAAAUACGAACAAAGUGGCACGACCUUUUGGGGUUUACCGACAGAUGUUGAUCCCGACCAGCAAAUUACCAGUAAACCCAAUAAAGAAGCAAGUAGCUCAAGGACGAAAUCGGAAAAAUGUUUCGGAUGUGGUCACUCCUAUCAAACGCACCUGCAUAUAAAUUACGAGACCAAGAUCUUGACCAAAAGGAUUCGCGAUGAGAGCAAAAACAAACGCAUUACCACUGAUAAAGAGGCAAUGGAUGCUAUACAGUCUAAGAUGAAUGAACUGGAUGAGAAGAUAAAAGAAUUAACUUCUGAGCAAGAUACAAUCACCAAAUGUAUGGCUCAAUUCGCGUGGUUUCUCAGACACAACGCCUUAACCACGUUUAACGACGCCUUCGAGGACUACGUCCGACACCUGAUUGAUAACGAAAGGAAAGGCGGUUCAAUGAGCGCCGAGGAUAAUCGGGAGACCAUUAAAAAGUUGGAACAACUGCUCGUAAAAUAUAAGUAUGAGAAGGAAGUCAUACAGAAAGCAAUGGAAAAUAGUAACCGAAACAACGGUGCGGUUUGUAUAUCCCUGGAAGACAUUGACAAGAAGAUCCGUGAGUUGUGUGAACUCAAGUGGAACGGAGGGCUCAUUACGAAGAUGUUGGCCGAUCAGCACCUGUCGAAAGCCAAGUCACACGCAGUCGCUAAGGAAAUGGAGUAUAGAGUACCGAAAAGGUCGUCUUUAUUCAGAAAAUUGGGAACUUUUGUUAGUCGGUUUAAUCCGUUUAAUUAA